ACUCGCGUCAGCAGCAGCAGCAGCAUCAGCAGCGGCAUCCUUCCUCCCCGUUUCCACCAGAGACUCUUCAUCGACCAUCAAGGCUGGCGGGACCCGAGGCUUCUCCACGAUGCGCAGCUUCCACCCGCCGACGUGCUGUGGUUUGAUGGAGCUGUGAGGGCUCCUAGCGUCCCUCUCUAGAGACCGCCCUGGAGAGGUUGGAGGGCCCUCGCACAUCCAUGUCGCUCGCGCCGAGUCGGAAGCCCUCGUCGGAGCAGCGCAGGCGCUCGGUUGGCACUGGUGGGAGCGGCGUGCGGUGUGUCCAUAGUGAUGCAUCCAGUACUCACACCUACCCUGGUCGUGUUAAGGCAGCGGAGGGCAGCCCCACGGCUCGGACAUACCCGGUCACACCCAGGCGACAAGCAAAGCACACAGGCUGCAGUGACAACCAUGGGAUCAGGCCCCCCACCCCGGAGCAGUACCUUACCCCUCUGCAACAGAAGGAGGUGUGCAUACGACACCUGCGAGCCAGGCUGAGGGACAAUGUGGAACGACUACAGCACAGAGACUGUGAAAUAGAUGGGUUGAGGACCCAACUGUACAGGAUGCAGGAGGACUGGGUAGAAGAGGAAUGUCACCGCGUCGAGGCCCAGAUGGCACUGAAAGAGGCCCGCAAGGAGAUCCAGCACCUCCAGGAGGUGGUCGACACCGCGAAGUCCAACCUGAGCGCCCGAGAACAAACCCCCCACGACCACAAGCCAUGCCCGGGGGGGCUGCAGGGAGCCCGGCAAGCGGGCCGGUCUCGCUCCUGCGGCUGUUCCCCGGCCGGCACUUUGAGCCGCGGCACCACCCGCACCCGGCUGAGCAGCGAGGCCCUUCACCUGGAGCACGGCCCGAAUGCCCCCGAGCCGAGCAGAGCGCCCCGCCCGGCGGGACAGAGCCACCUGCUCCUGGACGCGAGCCUCCUGUCGGAGCAGCUGCCCGCGCGGGGCCCCCCGACCCUGCCGCGCUCUUCCACGUACGAGCGGCUGGUCAGCGGCGGGGGGGUGCUGCCGGUCUCGCACUCCUGCCACACUCUCGGCGGCGGCAGCGGCUGCAAGUGCAGCGGCCACAGCUGCCUCCCCCACCACCACCUGUUCCUGCAUUUACCUCAGGAGGCCCCCCCGGCGCCGGGCCCCGUCCCGACGCCCACGCCCGCUGCAGAGAGGAAACCAGAGGUGCGCUCCCGAGCCUGCAGCCCGACCAUGACCUGGCUGUGUGAGGAAAGCGGCGCCGAAGGGCUGAGCACCAUCUCUUCAGACGCCGCGCCCUCAGAACCGCACCUGUUCCCCUCGUCCUUACCUGCCGCCUCCCCUCCCGGGGCAGCGGGGACGCCAGCGGAGCCCCGCACCUGCCAGCCCCCCGCUACAGCUGCGCUCCCGGAGAGGCGGGACGCUGUCGUGGUGGAGGUGGACGAGGACGGAACUGAGGGUCCAAAUGAAGACGGGUAUCCCCCUCAGCUCUGCCACUGGAGCCGCUACUUCCUCGUAGAUCUGUUGGCUCUGGCGAUGCCGGUGGUCCCGACCGUGGCGUGGCUGUGUCGGGGGGCGUCGCGGGAAGUCGUGCCGGUGUAUCAAAUCGGCUCCCUGCUGAGGGGUUGCUGCGCCGUGGCCCUCCACUCGCUUCGCCGCAGGGGGGCGAGCGGGGGACGCGGGCCCCCGAGCACAAGCGGGACCACGCCGAUCUGAGGCGUGAAGAAGACAACUCCCCACCUCUGCGGCAGCGGCCACAGCAAAGACGACUUCCUUGGGAUUAGCUCAUCUAGCCGUUUGUCCACUAGUAGGAUUUCUAGAUUUGACACGCUGUCCUCGUGAUGUCAUCGUCAUGCCUCAGAAGAAAAUGAUAGUCGUACAAUAUGUCAUUACUCAAAUAUACUUACAGCUACUGAGGUUUAAGUGGAAUCUGCACGUAGCCCAGUUUGGUUGGGUUCCCUUGCUUGAAUUAAACGCCUAAAAGUGGAUUUAGAUGAUAUCCUCUGGGCAAAGAUGUGCACUUUAUUUUAUGAAAAACGCUCUACGCUCCUUCAUUUUCAUCAUCAACCAUAUAUUAUUUAUUUAAUCCUGAUGGGGAAAUUCACCCUGAACAAUAAUUAGUUUAUAUUUUUUCUUGCUUAAAAUAAAUAACUUGAAAUUAAAAAUAACAUUAGAAUGCAGUUUAAAAGCAAAAUGUACCAAAAAGCCAAACAAAGCACUGGGCUCCAAGCCACAUAUUUCUAUAAAAACCUAUUAGAACAUACAGUAUUAGUGGAAAGAACUUGGCUGAUGCAUUUGAUACAGUGAUAUAUUUUCUAACUUUACAUGAACUUUGCAUCAGUGUCGGUUGCUGCCACAGCUCAGCAGUGUCUAAUGAUGUACUGUGUGUAUCAUGGUGCGGCCCUUUUGUGGGUCGACUGAAAUGGCUCAAUUGUAACUAUAAACUAUGGUGUUACCGAUUUCAGCCUUAUUCUGCAAAAAGAGCAAUGUUUUAGCUUUCAGGGAUCUUGUUGUUUGAUCAAUGAUUCAGCAGAAGAAUUAACAGAAAAGUUCAAUGCAAAUUGUAAUGUUGGAACUUUUAACUCAUUUUGAAUUUGUUGGGCUUCUUUCCUCCAUCUAUAAUGUAACCUUCUCCAUGUGGAACUAAUCCCUCAGUCAGCUCGUACCGCACAUUAAAAAAUGAAAUAACCACCUGGAGUAUUGCUCAAGAACCUUGG